AUUCUUGUGGUCAGUAGUAACCAGCACUUUCUCAAAUGGAUAUCUGAAAACUAAGUAAAUUUUCGUUCUAUCAUUAGCUCAACACUCUCACUCUCAUUCUGCAAUGGCUCAUUUAGUAAAUUUAAAUGGUAUUCGUGAGACUCUUCCAGCCAUUCCAAACCUUCCCAGAUUUCAAAAACCCCAAAAGAGAGCUAAAAUAAUUAGUUUCUCAGGCACCAAAACAGAUAACUUGGAAGAACAACCUGCACAAACAACAAGAAGAGUGGCAUUAGGCCUUGCUUCUAUAGCACUUACUGCAACUAUUGCUAGCAAUGGAAUCUCUCUUGCUGAAGACAAUGGUUGGUGGAUCGAUGGCCCUAUACCUAUUCCCCCAAUAUACAACAAUAUUGCUAAUGAGAAAACAGGCACACGGUCUUUCCUAAAGAAUGGAAUCUAUAUGGCAAAUAUUGGAGUCAAAGGCAGCAUGUAUAGGCUAAAGAAAUAUGCAUUUGAUCUCCUGGCAAUGGCAGAUUUGGUUACACCUGAUACACUUAACUAUGUCAGGAAGUAUUUGAGACUCAAAUCCACUUUCAUGUACUAUGAUUUCGACAAGGUUAUCUCAGCUGCGGCAGUCAGUGAUAAGCAGCCUCUAACUGAUUUGGCCAACAGAUUGUUUGACAAAUUUGAGAUGCUUGAAGAAGCUGCGAGGAUGAAGAACUUCUCGCAGACAGAAUCAUAUUAUACAUCAACAACUCCUAUUCUUCAAGAGGUUAUGGAUCGCAUGGGAUAAAUCUGCAGAAUCUGCUGCUCGUAUGUGGGCAAAAAUCAGUCCAGACAUUCAGGUGAUGGCGAUAAAUAUUGAGCAUUGCUGGAUCAACUUACCUUUUGUUAUCAAAUAUGUGUUAUUUGAACCAUUUCGAUAAAGCAAGAAAGAGGAAACAAUCCUUUACAUUAACAUAGAAAAGUAUUGCUCAAUGAUACACUGAAUUUUGUGAAUGAAAUGUUACAAUGAAUCAAAA